GGACCCAGCGCCUUUCAGCGCAUCCCCAGUCCAGCCCAGCCCGGCCUCGCCUCCUCUAGCCUAGCACCAUGGUAGAUGCUUUCGUUGGCACCUGGAAGCUGGUUGACAGCAAGAACUUCGAUGAGUACAUGAAGUCCCUUGGUGUUGGCUUUGCCACAAGGCAGGUGGCCAACAUGACCAAGCCCACCACCAUCAUCGAGAUCAGUGGGGACACCGUCACUCUCAAGACUCAUAGCACUUUCAAGAACACCGAGAUUUCCUUCAAGCUGGGAGUAGAGUUUGAUGAGACAACGGCUGAUGAUAGGAAGGUCAAGUCUCUUGUCACACUGGACGGAGGCAAACUUGUCCAUGUCCAGAAGUGGAACGGGCAGGAGACCACACUGAUUCGGGAGCUCCAGGAUGGAAAGCUCAUUCUGACACUAACUCAUGGCAGCGCAGUAUGCGUUAGGACCUAUGAGAAGGAAACAGCUUGAAGCCAGCCCACCUGUUCACUGUCAACUCCUCUCCCGACGGCUACCACUGAACUCAACACCAGAUUGCCUCAUUUCUGCACCUGUCCCCCUCCCCACCCCAGUGUUUUGUACCAAUUGACUCUCAUCAAGGAACCCUCCAGAAAUGGAAACAUAUGGUGCUGUCCUGGUCCUGGUUGAAGCCCAUUCUGUAUUUUUUUUUUAAACUGCAUCUGAUGGCUGGUCCCAAGCCAAUAAAGCAGAUCCCACAGUCAGUCA